AUGAAGGAUAUCUACAAGGAUGUUACACUCGCUGUCCCAGAUGGAGUUUCGAUCGAUAUCAAAGCUCGACUCAUAAAAGUGACGGGUCCGCGCGGUACUCUAACAAAAAAUCUUCGGCAUAUUGACCUCGAGAUUCAAAAAAUCAAUAAAAAACUGAUAAAGCUCGUUGUCUGGCACGGUGGGCGUAAGCACCUCGCAUGUUUGAACACUGUAAAGAGUCACAUUGAAAAUCUCAUUACUGGAGUUACGAAAGGAUUCCAAUACAAAAUGCGAUACGUUUAUGCACAUUUUCCAAUCAACGUGCACAUAGUCAAUGACGGCCGAGAAGUCGAGAUUCGUAACUUUUUGGGUGAGAAAGUGAUUCGUCGCGUGAAAAUGUUGGAUGGCGUCAAUAUUGAGAUUUCCACCGCUCAAAAGGAUGAAUUGAUAUUGACUGGUAAUGAUCUUGAGAAUGUGUCUCAAUCUGCGGCAAAUAUCCAACAAUCGACCACCGUCAAAAAUAAAGAUAUUCGUAAAUUUUUGGACGGUAUCUAUGUUAGUGAGCGUGGUCAUUUCGUCAAGGACGAUAUUUAA